GCACUCUUCCCCGCACACUUAUCUUUCCAGCUCAGUGCCCUGCCUAUCCCGUAUCCCCCCUCACCUUCCAUUGCUUGCUCAUGUCGUCUAGCUCUAUCAAAUUCCAACACGGCCACCUAUAAAUACAUCCGCUGGAGCUAAGCGCGGCAUUCCAGCUUAGCUGAGAGAGCAAGCACGGGGAGAUCAGCCGGCAGCGUCUGACAUGGCGGCGCUGUGGCUGGCGAGAGCGUCGUCCCAGCUGGCGCGCCGCGCCGCCAGGAGGCUCCCGCCGCUUCCUUCGCGCCACGGCGGCGAGACCAGCCCGUGGCUCUUGGGCUCAUCGGCCGCAGCGCCGCCGCCGGUUCUGGGAUCACCACCACUGCCACCGCUGGAGAGAAUCGUCCGCCGGGGCUUCUGCUCCAUCCGGCGCUUCGCCGGGGAGAGCAGCGCCGCCGCCGCCGCCGCUGACGAGGAGGAGCCGGAGAACGGGUUCGCCGGCGGCGAUCAGGCCAUUGACUUCCCUGGAGGGAAGGUUUCAUUUGUAGCUGAAAUGAACUUCCUUCCGGAGUCACAUGGGGAAAGGAUCAGCUGUUAUCGUGUUCUUGACGAUGAUGGCAGAACAAUAUCUGGUAGUAGAUUCCGAGAGGUCAAUAAGGAGGUGGCUCUGAAAAUGUACAGGGAGAUGGUCACCCUCCAUAUCAUGGAUAACAUCUUCUAUGAAGCGCAGAGGCAGGGUAGAAUCUCAUUUUAUCUCACUUCCAAUGGCGAGGAAGCGAUCAACAUAGCAUCUGCUGCUGCACUUAGUAUUGACGACAUUGUGCUGCCUCAGUACAGGGAACCAGGUGUUCUUCUGUGGCGCGGUUUCACACUGCAAGAGUUUGCAAACCAAUGCUUUGGGAACAGUAUGGAUUAUGGUAAAGGAAGGCAAAUGCCAAUUCACUAUGGAUCAAACCGUCUUAACUAUUUCACAGUCUCAUCGCCUAUUUCAACACAGCUCCCACAUGCUGUUGGAGCUGCCUACUCUCUGAAGAUGGAUAAAAAGGAUGCAUGUGCCAUCACAUACUUCGGCGAUGGAGGCACAAGUGAGGGAGACUUCCAUGCCGCGCUCAACUUUGCAGCUGUUAUGGAGGCACCAGUGGUCUUCUUCUGCCGCAACAAUGGCUGGGCAAUCAGCACCCCAACCACUGAACAGUUCAGAAGUGAUGGAGUGGUUAUCCGUGGCCAGGCUUAUGGGAUCCGUGGUAUCAGAGUAGAUGGAAAUGAUGCUCUUGCUGUUUACAGUGCAGUCCAUGCUGCCCGAGAAAUUGCUAUAGCUGAAGGGAGACCAAUUUUAAUUGAGGCCCUGACUUACAGAGUCGGCCAUCACUCAACAUCUGAUGAUUCAACCAAGUACAGGCCAGUUGAUGAGAUUGAGCAUUGGCGAACAGCAAGGGAUCCAAUUUCCAGAUACAGAAAAUGGGUUCAGGGGAACGACUGGUGGUCUGAUGCUGAAGAAUCUGAACUAAGGAGCAGAGUGAGAAAAGAGCUUCUUCAAGCCAUUCAGGUUGCAGAAAGAAUGCCAAAACCACCAAUUGCUGAGCUUUUCACUGAUGUUUAUGAUCAGAUCCCUUCCAACCUGCGAGAACAAGAGCGAUUGCUGCGGGAGACAAUCAUGAAGCACCCUGCAGACUACCCAACUGAUGUACCUGUUUAGGUUUCAGGAUUUAGAUGAGCAACAUCGUUGUGUAAGUAUUGAUGAUUCAGAUCCAUAGCAUUAUAAGCAAUAUAUGAUUCAGCCAGUAAUCUCCUGAUUCAUAGGCUCUAAAACAAUAAUUCAACCUGCCAGAUGUUUACAACAAGCUCAUAUAUGUAUUGUACUGUUGCUCGUAUUUAUGUGGAAUAGAGUCAUAAGGAGAUAUUUCAUGCA